UUGCCAUCGACCGGAAGUUACUGUUUCGUGCUAGCAAAUUCGUAUGAAAUAGCUUACUGUGUGAAGAGGUUGUUGUUUAAUAAGAAUUAUGUCUAUGUCCCAUCUGUAUGGGAGAAGGGGAGGAGACGAGGAUGAGGAUGGAGUCGAAAUCGAGAAGUUCGAGAUUUCUGAAUGGGACUUGGCCAACGAGUUUAAUCCAGACCGACGUCGCCACAGACAGACCAAAGAGGAGGCGACAUAUGGUGUGUGGGCUGAACACGAUUCAGAUGAUGAGAGACCAAGCUUUGGAGGCAAGAGAGCAAAAGAUUACACAGCUCCUGUGAACUUUGUAAGUGGUGGUUUGAGGAAGACUGCGGCUGAGGAGAAAAGGGAGCAGGAUGGCUCAGAUGACUCUGAUGAGGAUGGAGAAGCACCACCACCACCACCACCACCCCGUGCUGCUGCACCAAGAAAGCUGCAAACGGGUGGGAAUUUUAAAACCUCCCAGAAGAUAUUUGCAGGCAAUAUUCGACCCGGGCAGGACAUUGGUAGCUGGGAGAAACACACGAGAGGCAUUGGCCAGAAGCUCCUACAGAAGAUGGGCUAUGUACCGGGCAAAGGCCUUGGAAAAAAUGCACAAGGUAUUGUAAACCCUAUUGAGGCUAAAGUGCGCAAGGGAAAAGGGGCAGUGGGAGCGUAUGGGAAUGAGAGGACCCAGCAGUCAAUUCAGGACUUUCCAGUGGUAGAUUCGGAGGAAGAAGAGGAGAUGGAGUUCCAGAGGGAAUUGGGGCAGUGGCGGAAAGAACCUGGAGCAGUAAAGAAAAAGCCUAAAUACUCCUUUAAAACUGUGGAGGAACUGAAAGCUCAUGGAAAAAUCUCCAACAAGAGCAUGAGCCAACCAGCUGGAGAACUUGCACAAGUCAAGGUGAUAGAUAUGACAGGCCGGGAGCAGAAGGUCUACUACAGCUACAGCCAGAUGAGUCAAAAGCACAGCAUUCCCGAGGAGGCUCCUAUGACUGCAAGUGCACGGGAGCAGAAGACCUCCAGUUUCACUCUGCCUGAACUCGAACACAACCUUAAACUACUCAUCGAGCUCACUGAACAGGAUAUUUUACAGAGCUCUCGGCGUUUGCAGCAUGAGAGGGAUACGGUGGUGUCUCUGAGGCACGAGAGCACGACCCUGCAGACUCGGUUAAGCGAGGAGAGUGAGGCAGUGGAGCGUCUUGAGCAGGUGCUGGAGAUGGUUGAGAGGUUGGAGACAGCUGGGGAAGGAGGUAGCCUUCCACUUUCUCUUGAAGAGUGUGUCCAGGUUUUCCAGCAAAUGCAGACGCACUUCUACAACGAGUACAAGAGCAUGGGGCUCGCCGAUCUUGCGGUGUCUGCGGUGCAUCCACUACUGAAUGAGAAACUCAGAAACUGGGACCCAUUGAAGGACUGUUCAUAUGGUUUCGAGGAGGUAGGGCAGUGGAGAGCUAUUCUAGAGAAUACACAACUUCAACAUAGUGUACCUGACACAAAUCACAUGGACCCAUACCACAGGUUGAUUUGGGAGGUGUGGGUUCCUGUGCUGAGGAACUGUGUGGCAAAAUGGCAGCCCAGAAAUGUUGGUCCUAUGGUGGACCUUGUGGACUGCUGGGCUCCUGUGCUACCCCUCUGGAUUCUCGACUAUGUGCUGGAGCAGCUCAUCUUCCCACGCUUACAGAAAGAGGUGGAUAACUGGAACCCACUGACAGACACGGUGCCCAUCCACUCAUGGAUUCAUCCAUGGUUGCCUCAGAUGCAGAUGCGUCUAGAGCCCCUGUACUCACCUAUACGCAACAAGCUGGCAAAUGCCCUGCAGCGUUGGCACCCCAGUGACACUUCAGCCAGACUUAUCCUGCAGCCUUGGAAAGACGUCUUCACACCUGGAGCCUGGGAGGCCUUCAUGGUCAAAAACAUUGUCCCUAAACUAGCUCUGUGUCUAGGGGAGCUGGUGGUGAACCCACAUCAGCAGCUGAUCGACCCAUUCAACUGGGUGAUGGACUGGGAGGGCAUGUUGUCUCUCUCCAGUAUGGUGGGAUUGCUUGAGAAGCACUUUUUUAACAAAUGGCUACAAGUGUUGUGCUCUUGGUUGAGUAACAAUCCUAACUAUGAGGAAAUCACUAAGUGGUAUCUGGGUUGGAAGGGCAUGCUGUCAGAGCAACUGCUUAGUCACCCUCUAAUUAAAGAGAAGCUGAACGAGGCCUUGGACAUAAUGAACAGAGCUGUAGCCUCUGGAAUAGGUGGCUAUAUGCAGCCCGGAGCAAAGGAAAACAUUGCGUACUUGACCCAGACCGAGAGAAGGAAAGAUUUCCAGUAUGAGCCACCAGCACCACCACAGCGCGAGAUCGAGAGCAGCAUUCCACGCCUGCCCGUCAGUGGCCCUGUCUCAGCUGCUGUACCCACCAACUUCAAAGACCUGAUUCAGGCCAAAGCAGAAGAGAAUGGCAUUGUCUUCAUGCCCAUAGUGGGCAAGCGGCACAUGGGCAAGCAGCUGUACACGUUUGGCCGGAUUAUUAUCUAUGUGGAGCGGGGUGUUGUGUUUGUCCAGGGGAAAAAGACCUGGGUUCCUACUUCACUACAGAGUCUUAUUGAUAUGGCCAAAUAAGGGACAGAGAUACACAGAUCUGUGGGACUUCAACCAACCAGGAAAUUGAAGUUGUUUUGAGCGCUUCUUCAGGUGAACUGAAGAGUGAGUUGAUUGAGUUAUUUGAUGUGGCGAUGCAUCAUCUGUUUUAUAUAUUUGUAAAGUGUUAAGUCUGAGCAUGACAACCUUGAAAAUAAAUUGUUCAUUUUUAAAAAGGU